AUGGCGAAGCGCUCUAAGCGCGGACUGGCAGCCUUUUGCGGCAACAGGGCCGGCGGCAGCUGGGCAGCUGGGCAGCUGGGCAGCCAUGUCGUGAUGGGCCAUGGCCAUGGACGAUGGAUGGGUGGACGACGGGCGGACGGCGGGCUCGAUGGGUGGGAGUGCGGAGGAGUCAGCCACAAGUUGAUAUUUUCGCAGGCGCCUGUCGUUGCCGGGUGCUCAUUGGAGAGUGUGGCACGCUGCUCAUUGCAUGCCCCGCAUCGUGCAGCCCAAGCCCGUUCGUUCGCAGUCGGCCAUAGAUGGCCAUGGGGUCAGAUGCAUGGCCCAGCACGGCACCCUCUCGUCCUCGUCCUCGCCCUCGCCCUCGCCCUUAUCCUCACCAUGCCCCCCGGGUUUCGCUAG